ACCCUAAUAUUAGCGCAAAGCCGGUAAUUGGCAGAAACCCUAUUCCCCCUUUCUAAGAAACAAAAUUGAUAUAAAUCUCCCCAUUCCCUUUCAUCACUCUUCACCCCUCAAACAAACAACCCUUCCUCCUUUCCUGCAUGCACCAUGAAGAUCUUUAACCCCUCCAAAUCCUUCCUCCAAAAUGUCGUGUGUCCCUUUGACACCAUCUUCAUUAAACACACCAAAUUCCUCUCCCUUGGUGCUUCUCACGUUAAACAGUUUCAUUUCCUAAGCUGCAACUGAAACCAUCUUUCAUUCAUUACACCCCCCUUCCAAUCUCCCCUCCCCUCCCCUCCCCCCCUUUUCAAUCCAAAACAUGGAUCACCACCGUCACAACAAAAAAAGAAACAUCCUUUUCAACAAAUACGAGAUAGGUAAAAUCCUCGGACAAGGCAAUUUCGCCAAGGUAUACCAUGGAAGAAACAUCAACACCAACGAGAACGUGGCAAUCAAAGUCAUUAAGAAAGAGAAGCUGAAAAAAGAGAGACUCAUGAAACAAAUUAAACGCGAAGUUUCCGUUAUGCGUCUCGUUCGUCACCCACACAUCGUUGAACUCAAAGAAGUCAUGGCUAACAAAGCGAAAGUAUUCAUGGUAGUUGAAUACGUUAAAGGAGGUGAACUUUUCGCUAAAGUCACAAAGGGUAAAAUGGAAGAACACAUCGCUAGGAAAUAUUUUCAACAAUUAAUCAGCGCCGUUGAUUUCUGUCACAGCCGCGGCGUUACUCACCGUGAUCUAAAACCAGAGAAUCUUCUAUUAGAUGAAAAUGAAGAUCUGAAGGUUUCCGAUUUCGGAUUAUCGGCUUUGCCGGAACAACGGCGAUCCGACGGUAUGUUGUUGACUCCAUGUGGUACUCCUGCUUACGUGGCACCUGAGGUUUUGAAGAAAAAAGGUUAUGAUGGAUCUAAAGCUGAUAUUUGGUCUUGUGGUGUUAUUCUCUUUGCUUUGCUUUGUGGUUAUCUUCCUUUUCAAGGUGAGAAUGUGAUGAGAAUUUAUAGCAAAUCUUUCAAAGCUGAUUAUGCUUUACCUGAAUGGAUCUCACCUGGGGCUAAAAAUUUGAUUUCUAAUUUACUUGUUGUUGAUCCUGAAAAGAGGUUUUCAAUUCCUGAUAUAAUGAAAGAUCCUUGGUUUCAAAUUGGGUUUAUGAGACCCAUUGCUUUUUCAAUGAAAGAAUCUGCUAUGGAUGAUAACAUUGAUUUCAGUGGUGAUGACGAAAACAGCGAUACUAAUGAAGUUAUUGUUGGUGGAAUUGGAACAAAACAGCAGCAACCUCGUCCAUCUUACAAUGCCUUCGAGAUCAUUUCAUCCUUAUCACAUGGUUUUGAUUUAAGGAAUUUGUUUGAGACGAGGAAGAGAUCGCCGUCGAUGUUUAUAUCGAAAUUAUCGGCUUCCGCGGUGGUGGGGAAGCUUGAGAUGGUGGCGAAGAAGCUGAAUUUGAAGGUAACUGGGAAGAAGGAAUUCAUGGUGAAAAUGCAAGGGGCGACGGAGGGGAGGAAGGGGAAAUUGGGUAUGACGGUGGAGGUGUUUGAGGUGGCGCCGGAGGUUGCAGUGGUGGAGUUUUCAAAGUCAGCUGGAGACACACUUGAAUAUGUAAAGUUCUGUGAGGAAGAAGUUAGACCUUCACUCAAAGACAUUGUUUGGAGCUGGCAGGGUGAUGCACACUGAUUAAUCUUCAUCGAUAAAUAAUUUAUAGUUCAUAAACUAGUCAGAUAUCACAGAUUAAAAUUUGUUAUUAUUCUUAUUUUUAUUUUUCAUUUAGCCUUGUGUUUAUCAGAUUUAUAUUCAUUACUGUGUGAUAUACUCUCGUUUGGAGUUUGUGAAUUGUAAUUGCUCUUGAAGAUGAUUUAUUUAAUUAGGAUCAAUAUUAAUAUUGAUUUUGGUUUGGAUUUGGAUUUGUCAA